AUGACCCCAUCAGUAAGUGAGCCAUUAAAAGCUCAGUUGCAAGCACCAGAACCUGAACAUUGUCCAGGUCCUGAAUCGGAACAAGCCGGGAAAGGAGAUGCAUGUGAUGGAUGCCCAAAUCAAAAUAUAUGCUCCACUCAACUUCCAAAGGGUCCUGAUCCUGACAUGCACCUCAUAAACCAAAGAUUAUCUCAAAUAGAUCACAAGAUACUCGUUCUCUCGGGUAAGGGAGGGGUUGGUAAGUCGACUUUCACAUCCAUGCUUUCCUGGGCACUUGCAGCUGACGAAGAUCUUGAAGUUGGGGCCAUGGAUUUGGAUAUUUGUGGACCAUCCCUUCCUCGGAUGCUCGGUGCAGAGGGCGAAUCGGUGCAUCAGUCAAACUCUGGAUUGUCUCCUGUGUAUGUAGCAGAUAACUUGGGACUUAUGAGUAUUUCAUUUAUGCUCCCAGAUCCUGACUCCGCAGUUAUAUGGAGAGGUGCUAAAAAAAAUGGACUUAUUAAACAAUUUUUAAAAGACGUAAAUUGGGGUGAACAUUUAGACUACUUAGUGGUUGAUACUCCUCCGGGGACUUCAGAUGAGCAUCUUUCUGUCACAAGUUACAUGAAGGAAACCGGGAUAGAUGGUGCUUUGAUUGUCACAACUCCACAAGAAGUUGCACUUUUGGAUGUACGGAAAGAAAUUGACUUUUGUCGUAAAGCCAAUAUAAAAAUUUUAGGACUUGUAGAGAAUAUGUCAGGAUUUGUAUGUCCAAACUGUCAUGGAGAGUCUAGAAUUUUCAAACCAACCACUGGAGGUGGAGCUCAACUUUGUGAAGAUCUUGGUAUCCCAUUUUUAGGUUCAGUUCCUUUGGAUCCUAGAAUUGGAAAGGCUUGUGAUUCUGGAAAGAGUUUCUUUGACAACUAUUCGGAUUCACCAGCCGCUACAGCCAUUCUUGAUGUUGUGGACGCCCUACGGGACCAGAUUGAAAUUUCAGUUGAAAAAUUGACUAUAUAG